AUGUCUUCGUUUCCGAGUUCUGAAGAACGAACGGUUGCAUCGUCUCUGCUUCUUCUCAACAUCACACCUCCCUCUCCCUCGCUUUCUACUCCAAAGUUUCGCUCUGAUUCAAGCGAUGCAGUUCCAGAGAGAAGAAGCAGCAGCAACACGUCCAAACAAAUCUCAGUUUCCUACUGUUCUAAUAAAUCCUCAUCUUCCUCACUCACCAAUGACGACGGUGAUUCCUCGGAGAAAGAGAUCAAAUCGCACAGUAUAUCGUUCUCUGCUAUAUUGCGUUACAAUCAGAUGAAGCUCAAGAUUGCAAGGAAGAUAAGAUCGAAGGUCACGUGGACCUCGUCGUGCUCCGGCGACCGGAAACCCAACGCCGGCGAGGAUGCGAAUAUGCUCUCUCCUUUUUCGGCCUCCGGCGAGGCCUCUUCCUGCUUGUCUAGCAGCUCGAGCGGCAUCUCCAGCGCGCGAAGUUUGCGCUACGCUAAAAGAUGCAGAGGCGCGAUUGUUGAGCGUGUGGCCGGGAUCGGACGUGAGAAGGCCGCGCCGUCGCGUCGGGCGGCUGGUUCACCGCACCUUCGACGGCGUGGCGAAGCCAUACUCAAGUUGCUCUCUUGCGGUGACUCCUCUGAAGUGAAGAUCCGUCAAAUGCUCGGUGACAGCCCCGACACCAGCAAAGCUCUAAGAAUGUUGCUAAGGGUGGAUGCUGUGAAAAGAUCAGGCUCAGGAGGGCGUUAUGAUCCUUAUGUUUACACGAUAAGUGGAUGA